ACCCUAUUUCUAGCGAUGGAAGGAGAGAGAGACUAGCGGAACUCAGUUGCUGUAUUUCUUCGUCUUCUUCUCUCUAACCCUACCUCGAAGAGCUUCUGGAAAGAGAGAGCGAAGAGAUAAGAAGGGGGAGAGAGAGAGCAUAUGCCCUCGAUGGCGCGUCCCGCGAGGCAAUCCGACUACGCCCGCUUCUCCCCGGAGACCCCGAUCGUCGUCGACAAUGGCGGCUCCACCUUCCGAAUCGGAUGGGCGGGGGAGUCUGAUCCCCGCGUCGCGUUCCGCAACGUCGUCCAGAGGCCUCGCCACAGAGUCACGGGUGAAACUGUCACUAUUGUUGGGGACCAUCAUGAUCCUGCUCUGAUGAAGUACUUUGAUUGCACGCGUUCAUCUUGGCGCUCAGCAUUUGAUAACAAUGUGGUUUAUCAGUUUGAAAUCAUGGAAUAUGUUCUUGACUAUGGGUUUGAACGAUUGGGCGCCACAGAACAGUUGGAUCAUCCUAUCAUGAUGACUGAGUGCAUAUGCAACCCUAUUUCCUCUCGUGUUAAAAUGGCAGAGCUGCUUUUUGAGACCUAUGGUGUACCAUCCGUAGCUUUUGGUGUUGAUGCUGCAUUUAGCUACAAGUACAAUCAACGACUUGGGAUUUGUAGGGAAGAUGGCCUAGCCAUUUGUUCUGGACUGGCAACAAGCCAUGCUAUCCCAUUCAUAAAAGGAGAGCCUGUAUGGGAUGCAUGCUGCAGAACAAACAUUGGUGGAUAUCAUGUAACUGACUAUCUAAAGCAGCUUCUUUCCCUGAAGUACCCCUAUCACAUGUCAAACAUUACAUGGGAGAAGGCAGAGGAGCUCAAAAUGGAGCAUUGUUAUAUAGCUUCGGAUUACAUGUCGGAGUUGCAAAUAUUUCAAAAGGAAACGAAAGAGGCUGAAGAAAAAACUAGAUAUUGGCAGCUACCAUGGGUUCCUCCCCAAGAAGAGGCACCAUCCGAAGAAGAUCUCGCUAGAAAAGCAGCUUUCAAAGAAAAACAGAGCCAACGGCUGCGAGAAAUGGCUGCAGCAAAGAGGUCUCUUAAAAUAUCUGAGCUCGAAAACGAACUAUGCGGUUUAGAAGGUCUACUGCAGCAACUUGAUGAAGUGGAUGAAGCUGAAGGAACAGCUGUUCUGGCAAGAAUGGGCUAUCUCUCCAGGCAAGAAAUUGAAUCUGCUGCUCUAAAAGUAACACAAUCUUUACGUAAAGCUAAAGGAGAGUCUAAUGAGGCGGAGGAUAAAGUAGAUGCUUCUUUGGCAGAGAAAUAUCCACUUACCUUAGUCCCUGAUGAAAUGCUAACACCAGACCAGCUGAAAGAGAAGAAGAAGCAGAUAUUUCUCAAGACUACAACGGAGGGUCGGUUGCGUGCUAAACAGAAACGUUUCGAAGAGGAAACCUUUAAGGAGAGACAAAAUCAACAAGAUGAAGAGAAGCGCUUGGAGAACCCAGAGCUAUAUCUUGAAGAGCUUCGCUCUAGAUAUAAAGAACUCUUCGAGAAAGUCGAGCAAAGGAAGCGACAAAAAACCAAUGGCCACCAUUCUAAUGGUCACUCAUCAGGCGGUGUUGGGCGGGGUGAGCGUUUAAGUGCGGCUCAAAGGGAGAGAAUGCGGCUUCUGACGACCGCAGCAUUUGACCGAGGGAAAGGCGAGGACACCUUUGGAGCCAGAGACGAAGAUUGGCAGGUCUAUAAACUUAUGAGUAAAGACAAUGAUGAUGAUGAUGACAAAGGGCAAGAGGAGGAUGAAGCUGAACUAGCUCGGGUUACGUCCAAACUCCAGGAAUUAGACCCUACUUUCGUGCCCAAAUCUGACCAACUCCCUGAACACCUUCCUCGUUCCCGCCCUCUAACUGCUGAAGACUACAAAAUUGCUCUCGGCGUGGAACGCUUCCGCUGCCCGGAAGUCCUCUUCCAGCCGAGCAUGGUCGGAGUUGACCAGGCUGGCCUCGAUGAGAUGGCUGCCAUCUCUCUAAACAGGCUCUCUGCUCGGGCCGACAUCGACGAAUCUGUCAAAGAUCGCAUUGCCAUCUCUAUACUCGUCACAGGUGGCAGCUCCCUUUUCCCUGGCCUGGUGCCCCGUCUCGAGGCCCUAAUCCGGCAGUCCCGACCAUACCUUUCCCCAUUGAAGGUCGUGCGGGCAUCAGAUCCAGUGUUGGAUGCGUGGAGGGGUGCAGCAAUCUAUGCGGAUUCCAGAGGGUUUUCGUUGCAGACGUUCAGCAUGCAGGAUUAUUAUGAGCAGGGGGAAGCCGGGCUCCGGCGGCACAACAUAGUGUAUAGUUUAUAUUGAUCAGUUUAUUUAGAUCAAGCACAAGCUGGGGAGGCCCUUAUUGAGCCUUUUUUAUUUUUGUUUCCUCUGAUGAGAUUAGCUGUAACUACAGCUGUUUGGAACAGGAAGCUGCAGUAAGUAGGGGUGGAAACGAGCUGAGCUCGAGCAAGCUUACCUCGGCUCAAAUUCGGCUUGAAAUUAGUUUCGAGCCUAAA